AUGACCGACUUGCAGCGCCAGCGACUCCUCGUCACUCGCACACUCCCUCAGGCGUCCCAGGCGCGGCUCGAUAAAGGAUUUAAGGAUGUCGAUAUUGUUCAAUGGAAAGAAGACUGUGCUAUUCCUCGAUCCGAGUUCCUCAAGAUGGCCAAGGGUGCAGAUGGGAUCCUUUGUCUUUUGACCGACAACAUUGAUGCUGAGGUCUUGAAUGCAGCAGGCCCGCAGCUCAAGGUUGUAUCAACCAUGUCCGUGGGAUACGACCACGUCAAUGUUCCAGAGCUGGAAUCACGCAACAUUGCUCUGGGUAUCACACCGGGUGUCCUCACAGAGGCAACAGCAGACACGACCGUGCUCUUGGUGCUUGCAGCCGCGCGUCGAAUGCGCGAGAGUAUGGACGCUGUGACUCACGGGAAAUGGGGUGCAUGGAGUCCCACAUGGCUGUUGGGCUCCCAAUUGACGGAUAAGACAGUCGGAAUCGUAGGAUUGGGUCGUAUUGGAGUCGCAGUUGCCAAACGUCUGAAGGCGUUUGGAGUACAAAAGUUUCUGUACCAGGGGACUCGGCGCAAGGAAGAGAGUGAGAAAACGAUCGGAGGCGAGAUUGAAUUUGUAGCGAUGGAGAGAUUGUUAAAGGAGUCGGAUGUGAUUUGUGUGUGCUGCGCCCUGAAUGACAAGACGAAAAAUAUGUUCAACUACAGUGCCUUUUCGAAGAUGAAAGGCUCUGUGGUGUUUGUGAAUACAGCGCGCGGAGGGAUUGUGGAUCAGGAUGGCCUAAUCCGGGCACUGAAGGAAGGAAAGCUGGGAUCAGUUGGUUUGGAUGUCACUGUCCCUGAACCGCUGCCUAAGGACUCGGAGCUACUUUCGUUCUCCAAUUGCAUUGUGUUGCCCCACAUUGGAAGCGCCACUCUGGAGACACGGACAGCGAUGUCAGAGAUCGCUAUUGAGAAUGUACUCAGUGGUAUGAAGAGAGAACGUCUUCCUUUUCCACACGACGCGUGA